GCAAGGCGGAUAGCACGUCUUAAAAUAUUUGCCCACAGUCCUGAAUCACAGCUGGGUCUGAAAUCUCAGAUCUCAGCCUCUCCGUGCUGGUGCGACAGCGAGACCUUCCUCCCACAUAGAGGAGGCUCCCGUAUAAAAAAAGCUCUGUGCUCAAGCAGCUUAUUUCAUGGGAUACAAAUGACUGCUUUCCCGUUUUUAUUCCCAGCAGUGUAGUAGAAAAAUUAUUUGUCAUGGCAUGUUUAACUCAGAAGUCCAGGGAUCUGCUGUAUGAACGUGAAACACUAGUUGUAGUUAUGCAAAGGAAUAAUUCGCUAGAGAAUUUGGGUAAAUUUGGCAUGACAAUUGUUUCCACGCCAGCGGGGCGUUACUCCGUGGUGAACGAGCCAGCAAAAUAAUGUAACGAAAAACGUUUCCCUAAAUGUUCCUCCCUGCCAAAGCCGGGUUAUUUCCUCAUUCCAUGGACUAUAUUCCAGUUCCCCUGUAGAAAAGGGACCCCUAAACGCUGAGGAGGAGCAGGCGGGGCAGCGAGCGCACCGCGCCGAACGAGGGGAGCGCGGAGCGCCCUCCGUGAGGGACAUCCCCGGCUCGCCAUGGCGCCGCCUAGCGCAGCUCCGGGCCUCGGGGCUCCGCGUCGCUCCCUGCCUUGGCAGGCGCGUAACGGGGCGGGACACGGAAUCGGUCGCAGGAUAGAGACGCUCUACCGGGAGCGAUGCCCGUCCGGGGUUGUUGCGGAGCGUGAGCUCGCCGCCUCACCGGUGCGCGCUGCCCAGACCCGUCCCGAGCGGCGGGGGCGGUGCUGGCGGCGGCCGCGCUGCGCGCGCGAGGGGCGGGGCCGGCGGCGGGCGGGGGCGGGGCCUGCGCCGGGAGCGCUCUGAGGGGAUUUCGCUCCGGCACGGCACGGCACGGCCGCAACCAUGAUCCACAGCCUGUUCCUGAUCAACGCCUCGGGGGACAUCUUCCUGGAGAAGCACUGGAAGAGCGUGGUUAGCCGCUCCGUGUGUGACUAUUUCUUUGAGGCGCAGGAGCGGGCCUCGGAGGCGGAGAACGUGCCGCCGGUGAUCCCCACGCCGCACCACUACCUCCUCAGCGUCUACCGUCACAAGAUCUUCUUCGUGGCCGUCAUCCAGAGCGAGGUGCCGCCGCUCUUCGUCAUCGAGUUCCUGCACCGCGUCGUGGACACGUUCCAGGAUUAUUUUGGUGUCUGUUCAGAGGUAAUAAUCAAGGACAAUGUUGUGGUGGUUUACGAGGUGCUGGAGGAGAUGCUGGACAAUGGAUUUCCAUUGGCAACAGAGUCCAAUAUUCUUAAGGAACUGAUAAAGCCUCCUACUAUUCUGCGAACAGUCGUCAACACCAUCACAGGAAGCACUAAUGUGGGUGACCAGCUUCCCACUGGACAGCUCUCAGUGGUGCCUUGGAGACGUACUGGUGUAAAAUACACCAACAAUGAGGCCUAUUUUGAUGUGAUUGAGGAGAUAGAUGCAAUCAUUGACAAAUCAGGUUCCACCAUUACUGCUGAAAUCCAAGGAGUCAUUGAUGCUUGUGUCAAGCUGACUGGGAUGCCAGACCUUACCCUUUCCUUCAUGAACCCUCGCUUAUUGGACGAUGUCAGCUUUCACCCCUGCGUGCGUUUCAAGCGCUGGGAGUCAGAGAGAAUUCUCUCCUUCAUUCCUCCUGAUGGGAAUUUCCGUUUGCUCUCCUACCAUGUCAGUGCUCAGAAUCUUGUGGCAAUUCCUGUCUACGUUAAGCACAACAUCAGUUUUCGUGACAGCAGCUCCCUGGGACGGUUUGAGAUCACAGUGGGGCCAAAGCAGACUAUGGGGAAGACUGUAGAGGGAGUGAUGGUCACUAGCCAGAUGCCAAAAAGUGUCUUAAAUAUGACCCUCACACCCUCCCAGGGAACACAUGCCUUUGAUCCAGUUACAAAGUUACUGUCAUGGGAUGUUGGGAAAAUAAACCCCCAGAAACUGCCAAGUCUGAAGGGGAGUGUGAGCCUGCAAGCUGGGACAUCAAAACCAGAUGAAAACCCCACCAUUAACCUGCAGUUUAAAAUUCAGCAGCUGGCUAUAUCUGGACUGAAGGUGAAUCGCCUGGACAUGUAUGGGGAGAAGUACAAACCAUUCAAGGGGAUAAAAUACAUGACUAAGGCUGGCAAGUUCCAAGUCCGAACCUAGAGGAUCCUGAUAGCAAGGAAGAGCACUUUUCCUGUUUCCCCUGUCCCUGGCUGUUGGAUGCAGCCUCUUAUCUCAUCCAUCUAUUUAGGGUUGCUCCCUUGUCUCUAGUAGCAUAAGCAGGAAAGCCAGUGCUCAGAGUGCUGGAAAGCAGGGAAAAGUAAGGUUGACCUGAAACCACCUCAUCCCUACCUGAGUCUGAAGUAUUUGGAACAAUAGUAGAUGGGAGAGUUGCUCAGGUCCCUUAGGAUUAGUGAGUCAGCUAUGUAAGCUUGUAUCACCUUCAUUUUGCUGUCUUAGAGGAAAUUCUAGGGAUUUAUGGCCUUUUGUAGCUCCUCUUCCAUUAUAUUUUGUUUGGCUUUUAUCCCAUUGUACACGAUACAGAGUUGAAUUUCACAAACUUCAAUGUGAUGAUCCAGCAUCUGCAUUCCUGUGUCACUGGGGGUUAGGGUGUAGAGCUGUGUAGUUCUUGCCAGCAGGGAGAACAUCUAGCUGUUCUGCCUCAAAAAGGACUGGAAGAAGUGGAAGGGUAGAUUGUUCUACCCAGGAUGGGAAGUUGAGAAGCCUGAGAUUGGGAAUGGUGCCACAAGGGAAAGAAGUGAAUUCUUUCUCUAGAUAUUUCAUAAGGCAUCCUGGUCAUCAAGGAUCUUGAGUCUCUGCAUCCAGACUUGAAAUACAUUGAGAUCUUUUAACUGGUAUCUCCAUGUAAUUCUGCUUCUCUUAUUUCAUCAGUGUUUGAAGGUAGGAAUUCUAACUUAUUUGGGGAAUCAGAAGAGACAGACAGGGAAACUUCUGUGGAGACAGAUGGAAUUUGAAGCUGUGGCUACAUGAAGAUAACCACUGUCCUAGUAACUUGUUGGGACCUCUUUUUGCCUCUCCUUGCCUAUUGCAAAUGAUGGUGAUACUGCUGUUUUCCUGCUCACUGGUGUCUUCCUUUGAGAUAAUUGUGACCUGGUACCUUUGUAGUGUUCCUCCUGUCCUACCUCAUUUCAGUUUCUGUACCAGUCAGGUGCUGUGCAGAUGGAUUCAAACCUAUGCCAGAUUUUUCACUGGGAUCAUCUGUUCCUCAGGAGCUGUUGUUACAUCUGUCCAUUCCAGCCUGUGGUAAUCCCUCUGUACAGCAGAAAUAGGAAAUGAGAGGCACCUACACUGUUCCUAUUGUCUGUGACAGGCUCUUUGGCCACUACAUGCCAGUGUUUUUUCUCUUGGUAGCAGAACUUGCACCUAAGCUGCUGUACAUGUGACCACACACGUGUGGCUGUGGAGUCCAGCAUGUACAGUUCAUGUCUGUGAACAGAACAGGGUGACCCUAAACGAGGGAGAGCAUUCAUUCCACCUUGCAUGUGGUGGACACCUCAUGAGUGGCAUCUUGCUUGUGGGAUUACUAGUUCCUGUGCAGCUGAAGAAUUCCAUAGCAGGUGGCAUUCUGCUGAGGUGACAUUACUGCUGAGCAUGUUCAGUGCAAACAAAACCUUCAACAAGGGCAUCAAUAAAAUUAAUUUUUACAUGU